ACAACCGUAAAUUCCAACAAUAACCGAUAACGUUUUUAUUAAAAAAAAAAUAAAAAAGAAAAAGAAUUCCGAUCAAGCCACCGUAGCAGAUAACAGGUGCUGAGGUACCUCCUUGGAUAAGGCUUUCUUCUUUUGUUCUUGUUGGAACAACCUUGUAACAAUGGCUUCCUCGGUUACCUCCUCUUUUCGUAUCAGCAAUUUGAAGUCUGUUUUUGUGGGUGAGACAAAUAAGCUUAGAGUUUCAAGUGUUCCUGGUGCUCAUGUUGGUUUGAUUAGAAAGACUGUGGAAUGUAAGGAAUCACGAAUUGGGAAGCAACCAAUUGCUGUGCCAUCCAAUGUUACAGUCAAAUUGGAAGGACAGGAUAUACAAGUGAAAGGUCCUUUGGGGGAACUUGCAUUAACAUAUCCUCGAGAAGUGCUGGUUGAGAGGGAAGAUUCAGGGACUCUAAGAGUAAGAAAGGCAGUUGAAACCAGAAGGGCCAAUCAAAUGCAUGGGCUUUUUAGGACGCUUACAGACAACCUUGUGGUUGGAGUAUCUAAAGGUUUUGAAAAGAAACUUCAACUUGUUGGCGUUGGUUAUCGUGCAACGGUAGAAGGAAACGAUAUCGUGCUGAAUCUCGGAUUUUCCCAUCCUGUUAAGAUGACAAUCCCUAAUGGCCUCAAAGUGAAGGUGGAAGAAAACACCAGAAUCACAGUUAGUGGAUAUGACAAAUCUGAGGUUGGCCAGUUUGCUGCUUCUAUUAGGAAGUGGAGACCCCCAGAGCCAUACAAAGGAAAGGGUGUCAAAUAUGCUGAUGAAGUUGUAAGGAGAAAGGAAGGAAAAGCAGGAAAGAAGAAGUGAUGGGGGAUUUCAGUUUUGCUUUUUCAUUUAUCUCCUGUUGUUUUGCCUCAUUUGUUAGUUAUGGAAAUGUUAAAUAUACCAAGUAAAAGAAAUUCAUAUUCAUUGAGAUAAGCUUGAGUCACUUAUGCUUAUGAUAUUCAAAAGUAUAGCAAUCAAUAACUGUCAUUAUAGUGUGA